AUGUCGAAGCUAUCUGACGAAACACAGGACCUCCUAUUGAAGACCAAGAUCGACGAUGUCCUCCGGGAGAGUCUGUUGAAGUUUUUGGAAAAGAUCGGCCAGGAGCCCCGAGCAGAGUACUUCUUGACGCCUGUGGAUCAGAAGGCGUAUCCUCAUUAUAAGGACGUUGUGAAGCGGCCGAUGGACUUGUCUACUAUGGAAAUGAAAGUGAAGGGGCAAAGGCCUCGAGGACGGAAGCCUCGAGUGCCCAGACCGACGAUAGAGAAGUACCAGUAUGUUCAAGAUGUCUUCAAUGAUCUGGAGCAGAUAUGGAUCAACUGCAUGACGUUCAACCGCCCAGACUGCGAUGCCUAUGCUGCCUCUGUAGAGAUGCAGGCAACCGCGCGAGCUCUCGUCGAUGACUGGGUCGUGGCUAACAUCCCUAAUGCUCGGAUGAAGGAGAUCGAUCCGAGCCCUACUGUACGACUCACCGCAGAGGUGCUGAGGGAGGUGAGUGAGGCUGAGGGCGAGCCCGAGGCUGGUGUAUCGCCGAGCACUAAGAAGUCUAAGAAGGACUCGAAGAAAGGUGUCCGGAGGGUGCGUGUCUACCAGGGACGGCAGCUCCAAGUUGUCGAAGAGGAGGAAGAAGCGGAAGAAGGUGUGUACUUGGCAACCCCACUGUUGAAUCAGCCGGCUCUUGACAUUCAGCGUGCUGCUGCUGCUGCCUCUGAGUCAAGCUCCUCUGAUGGCGAUCUGGACAGUCCAACAUCACCAUCCUGUAGCGUGUCCAUCCUGAGGGGCUCGUACUGGACUUGUCCCCUCCUCAGCUGUCCCUGCGCCUACAGUGCUGGACCGCUUCUCCCUCCUUACGCCGAGCCCGGGCGAACGGAAUGCUCUGGCGGCCCGGAUAACUAA